GCAGGCGUCGUGCGACCGUCUCCACGUCGAGCGUCCCGGUCUCGACACGCGUACUCCUCCCACGCCGAGUACGCGAUACCACGGUCUCAUCUACAUCUCAGUCUCCUCUCACCACCGCACUAUCGCCCGCAGCGUCGGACAGCGGUCGCGCGUCGCCUGGUUCGCCUUGUCCGUGUCUGCCCCGUCAGUCGCUUCGGCGUCUGGCGUCUCGCUUCAGUCUGGCGGAUCGCGCAAGGGCAAGGAACGUGCAGACCCAUCCCUCUACCUCUUCGCCGUCAGCGACUGGGGUGAGCCAGAGUAUGUGCUGCGCAUGCACCUAGAAUACAUCUACCUCCAGAUCCUCUCAGUUGUGACCGCUACUCAGAUCUCACGCGCAUUCCAACGACGCAGCAACUUUGACCUGUCGAGGCUACUCGAAGGCUCUGAUCCAUUCCUACACAAAUUGUGGCUCAGUCCGCUCCGUAUGGCACCAGCUUUGAGGGAUACCGCGGCCUCGGCGUUGAUGCCUCCCGCCAAGUUCAAGACCUACUUUACGUUCUACUUAUUGCUGCGGCCACAUUGUCACGCUCCUCCGACCACGACGACACGCCGUCCACCCGUCCGACAUGCAUCUCCUCCUCAACACGCUGGCGACGUCGGCAACCCUGCGCUCCGUGGAGACAUGCUACCAAUCUGCCUACCAAAGUUCAACCCGGCGGGCUUUGUCCACGCUUACAUUUCGUUUGUGCGCGAGGACGUUGGUUUGGUCUUCAUCAGCGCAGACAGGGACGCAUUCGAGCCCCUGUGCGGUUGGCGCGAGUCGGUCGUCGAGCAGUUGACCAAGGACGGCGCGCUCGACCGGAUCCAGGCCAGCGUCAAGGCGCACCCAUACAGCGUGGCAGCUGUCGGUUCGCCUGGCCUGCGACACUUUGUGUACAAGUCUCGCGGACUGACUCAGCUCACCGCACCAGAGUGGGAAGACCCUUACGGACCCGACAGCGCGGACAGGAAACGGCUUGUUACGUUGUACGAGCGCGUACAAGACACAUUGUUUGCGCGGUCAGGCCAGGCAGCCCCGCUCAAGCUGGUGUACAUGGCCAACGCGCACGAGGCUGUGCUCGGAUGGCUCACAAAGCCGUUUGAGCUGUACAUUGCCGUCUCGCCACACCUCCCCAUGAAUGCCGUCGUCAGCACCGCCAACCGCGUCGCCAAUCGCUGA